AUGUCCCAAGUCGGCGAUUUCAAGCACGCCCAGGUUCCUUCUACCCCUGCCGCCAACCCUGGCCCCUUGGGUCUCUCUGCCUUUGCCCUGACCACUUUUGUGCUGUCAUGCUUUAACAUGGGCGCUGGUGUCCCAUCCGGCGGACCCGUCCAGGUCGUCCUCGGUCUCGCACUCUUCUACGGUGGUUUUUCCCAGAUCCUUGCCGGCAUGUGGGAGUUCAAGGUCGGCAACAACUUUGGAGCCACCGCCUUCACCUCCUACGGCGCGUUCUGGCUCUCAUACGCAGUGAUCCUAAUCCCCGGCUUUGGCGUCGUCGCCGGCUACGCAAACGCCCCCGACCACACCCUCGAUAACGCCCUCGGAAUCUUCCUCCUCGCCUGGGGAAUCUUCACCUUCAUCAUGUGGAUUGCUACCUUCCGUUCCACUGUCACUAUGUCCUCCAUGUUCUUCAUCCUCAUCCUUACUUUCUUCUUUCUCUCCUCGGCUCACUUGGCACACUUGCCCGCUGGAAACAUUGUUACCAGGAUCGGUGGUGGGUUGGGUUUGGUCACUGCUCUGUUGGCUUGGUACAAUGCUGCUUCGGGUUUGUAUAACUCGACAAGCACCUUUGUCCGUCUCCCCACCGGCAGCUUGGCCCAUGCUCACUCCGACUAA